GCCAGUGCGAUCGACAGCAAGGCGCGCCAGCUGUCACAACAGGAGUGGUCCACGUAUUGCACAGACGUGAUUGGCCGGGCAGUGCUGACGUCAGAGAGCCAGUGGCAGCAGCAACUAGUGGGCGGCAGCAGCGGGCGGAGAAGAGGAGAGCGACGAGGCGAACUGGCAGCAGGGGAGAGUGGUGGGGCUGCUGCCGUUGGUGAUGGGGCUGGGGGGAAUGGUGGGGAUCGGGAGGGGUUGAGAGGAGGGGUCAGCGAGGCAGAAGGGGUUGCAGUGGGGGAGUGGCAGGGGAGGGAGUCGUGGGUGAGAGGGGAGGCGGUUAGGGGGGCAGUGGAGAAUGGGAGGUGGGCACUUUACUGCCAACUGUUGGACCACCUCCGGUUCACCCAGCACGACGGGGCUGACAGUCGAAUAGCGCGGGUGGUGUUGGACGACCUGGUGGUGGAGGUGGCAGAGGCGGCGCUUCUCACAGCGAUAGAGGCGGCCGGCACACAGGAGAGCCGCGAAUGGAUGGGCCUCUCGCUGCCCGGGCUGGACUCCCUUGGCUUCAUUGACUCGCUUGACUCGCUUGACUCGUUUGACUCUCUUCAGGGGGGCUACAGUGGUGGCAGCAAGGGGACGGGAAUGGUGGGGUUGAGAGCGGGGAUUGGAGGGUGGGAGGUGGAAGGGGAGGGGCUGAGUGUUGUGGGACAGGGCAGGGGAGGCAGCAGCAGCAGCAGGGGGGGAGCGAGCAUGGACGCACCCGUGAGACACCAUUCAUACUCUCUGCAAACCCCGCAAGCCCCUCUACUCCCCUCCCUUCAUCAUUCACCCCUCAUCCCCGUGCUCGCCUGCUCAUCUCUUCCUUUUUCCGCCCCCUCGCAUGCUGGACUUCUCGUACAUGCUGGACUUCUCGUACAUGCUCCACGUGCUGAAGUGCAACUCGCUGCAUCGCAAUUGCCCAUUCAAAUGUUUGUGCUCCGCCCAGUUGCUCGCCUUUCCCUUAAAAUCCCCUCCCUUUUCUGUCUGCUCCCCUCUCCCUGCUCCCCCUUCUCCCCGCUCCCCUCUCCCCGCCCCCCCCUCUCCCUGCUCCCCCUUCUGCCUUCUCCCUCUGCUCCCCAGGUGGCACUGCGCAAGUGGCUGAGGGUCAACGUGACAUCGGUGGUGGCCAUCUUUGAGGACCGCUUCCUCCUCUGGGGGCUGCGCCGCUCCUCCCCACCCCCUGCCCUCCCCACCAUGCCCACUGCCAUGGCCACUGCUCGCCUCACUCCCACUGUGGCCUGGGCAACUCCAGAAUCCUCUUUACCAGCCUCGUCACAGCAGCGCCCGCGCUCUCAUCUGCCCCCCGCGGCAUUCCCCAACGACUUCAGCAGUGCGAACAGCACCACAGCAGCGGGCCCUUUGGCCUGGCUGCAGGGGCUGCUGAGAAGAGGCUCGGGAAGCGGCACUGGUGCUGUGGGCGGCGGUGGCUCAGGCAUGGGUGCUGUGAUGCAGGUGGCGGGAGGCGGUGGGGGUGAGGAAGGGGGCAUGGGGGAAGUGAGUGGCACGCGGCAGUGGUGGCAGGGGAAAAGGAGGCAGGGGAGAGCAGGGGAGCGGGAGCAGCAGGGGAGGGUGGGUGGGCCUGUGGGUCUGGUGCAGCGCAGUGUGGUGGGCAGCAGACGAGGAGAGCUGCGACAGCUGAGAGGAUGGAAGCUGGUGGUGGUGGUGGCAUUGGAGCUAUCGGAUCUGCUCCUGCCGCUCUUCAAGGCGGCCGUCACAGCAGCAGGCAGAGCCGUCUCCUUCCUCCUCGUUGCUCUCAUUGGCCGCUCGCUGGGCCUUGUAUACCGGGGCAUCAGGCAGAGCUGGGGUCAGGCUCGCUAG